GAGGAAACAAAGUUUUUUGAUCGCUUUCUAUACUUAGCCAACUAGAGCGGCCAAACGGUAUUCUCGACUCCCGGCGUGGGUGUGUGCACGUGGUAACACUCUCAGAGCUACCCCGUGCACGGCGCAUGGCGAUUUUCACACCGACUGACUGGUAGUCUGGUACGUGCACACACAAGUACUGUCGACCGGCCCAGAAACGAGUCAAGCCAAUGUGCUCAUGACAUGAGGAAAGGAUCGACUGAGAAGGAACCACGGAAUGCGAAUCUGCAGUGCGAAAGACGAAGGGAGUAGGGAGAGGUCUAAACUAUAUGACGCAGGCUCGAUAUACUUGCGUCAAGGUCUGUAGCAUCAUAUGGUGAUUAUCUGCUCGAUCAACUCAACCUACAGCAAGACGCUCCACCGACCACGAGCAGGUUUCAAAGUUAUAUCAUGGUUCAACAUUCAAUAUUCAAUAUUCAUGACUCAUCUUUUUUUCUUGUCUAGGAUACCCCCCGCUAUUUUAUCGCAUAUCCACUCCACCGCACCAAAUUCACUCGUCUGUCACUUUCGCUGCUCUCGUCCUUCUCCAGCAAUUAAAGGAACACUUUCGUACCGCUCGAGGAUCUUUGGGUCACCGAUUUUUGUGUCCACCCAGAUCUAUUUUACACCGAUUGGAGCGGUCUCUGUGGUCGUAUGCGGCUGUGGCCGCGACACCCGAAGGUGAUGUACUGGUUGGUAUCCAACCAGUACAAUGUAACAAGCCAGAGUAUGAAUACAUUGUAGUUAACGCGACAUCCGAAGAUCAACUGCCAAGUCAGCAACGAGAGUGGUAAUGAAAACAGUAACGAAGGAGAGACAUCGGCGAGGGAAAGACUGGGAAAGACAAUGACAAAGGGAACACGAGCAAUGCACAAUUGGACAUGGUAACGAGGGGCAGACCCGGGGGAAGAAAG